AUGGCCCGACUCAGCAGUGCGCCUUCCAAGCGGUACUCGGCCUCGCACCGCAGCUCGAUCUCGCGCGUGGAGAUUGAGCAGCAGUUUUCAGAGGAGGAUUCGGAUGAUUUGGCGGUGGCCACCAAGAAGAACUUGAAACGGUCUUCUCGACCCAGAGCACACAAGGUGGUUGAGAGUGAAGACGAGAGUGAAGGGGAGGAGGAGGAGGGAGAGGAAGAGGAAGGAAGUGAUACCGCAAACGCCAACAACACAAACAUUACCCAUGAUUCUGCAGAUGUAUCUAUUGAUCAUGAUGAGGAUGAGGAUGAGGAUGAGGAUGAGGAUGAGGAGGAAGAGUCAGAAGACGAAUUGGUGGCUUCCAAAACCGCCAAGCGAGUUAUUGAAGACGAGGAGGAAGAGCAGGAGGACAUUGACAUGGAGGGCGAUAUGAGCGUGGAUCAUGAGGGUGACAUUAACAUUGCUAUGGGUGAUGAGAAUGUGGGUGGGGGUGAUAUUGAAGGUGAAGUGGCAGCCAUGGAGUCGUCACCCGUGAAGAGAAGCCCUCUUGCAACCCGUACAUCCAUCUCGGCCAACAAUGCCUCUCCUAACACCUCCAACAUUGUGUCCAAUCCCAGCCCCAGUCAAAAGGAAAACGUCAUUGUAAAGAAACGUGACAUGACACCUGAUAUGGACACCAACGCCGCUACAGAAGAUGCCACCACGCCAAACACGCCCUCCAGAGCUCCUCCCUCGUCCAUGCCUGUUCCUUCCCCCAUGCAGGCCAAUCUGACUAUUGAUGAUGGAGCCCCCGAUGGCCUGCCUCUCCCCAGGGCAUCCGAAGAGCCCGACGAGGUCAAACAGGAGGAGCAGCUGAGCCACGGCAUCCAUGCGCGGUCGCUCAUGCAGCAGCGCGCCACGUCCAUGCAGCAGCAUGUGAUCAAGACACCCGACGAGCCCACUCAGCGGCUGACCAUUAGCAACUUGGUCCUUACAAACUUCAAAUCCUAUGCCGGACGACAGGAAGUUGGUCCUUUCCACAGUUCAUUCUCCGCCGUAGUUGGCCCCAACGGUUCCGGCAAGUCCAACGUGAUCGACUCGCUUCUCUUCGUGUUCGGUUUCCGAGCUUCCAAAAUGCGACAAGGCAAAUUGUCCGCUCUCAUUCACAACUCUUCCAACCACCCCAAUCUCACGUUUUGUUCCGUCGAAGUCCACUUUCAGGACGUGAUCGACGAGCUGGACGGUACCACCUCUGUGGUACCAGACUCGACGUUGGUUGUGGCGCGAAAGGCCUACAGCAACAACACGUCUGUGUACACAAUCAAUGGUCGAACGUCAUCCUUCACUGAGGUGACCACACUAUUAAAGGGCCGAGGAAUCGAUCUGGACCACAAACGGUUCCUCAUUCUGCAGGGAGAAGUCGAAAGUAUUGCCCAGAUGAAGGCGAAGGCUGAGGGCGACCACGACGACGGCUUACUGGAGUACCUGGAGGACAUUAUUGGUACGUCGCAAUACAAGACGCCAAUCGACGAGGCACAAGUUCAGAUCGACUCGCUCAAUGAGGUGUGUUUGGAAAAGAAGGGUCGUAUGGAAAUUGUGGAGAAGGAACUGAACGGUCUGUCAUCCGAACGUGACGAGAUUGUCGGCUACUUGCGUCUCCAGAACGAGCUGACUCACAAGCAGUCUCUGUACUUCCAGAUUCAUGCUCAAAAGUGCCAGAAGGUGAUCACUAUGAGCGAGCAGGUUAUGGCUGAGAUUGAGACGCAGUUGGCGGCAGAGGAGGAGAGAAAUGCCGCUAACAGAGUCGAAAUCAAGACUCUAGAGGACGGCGUCAAGUCCGAGGAAUCUGUGCUUAAGGGUCUGAAGAAGGCCCAGUCCAAGCUGGCCUCUAUUCUGGCCUCUCACGAGAAAGAAAAAGUGCAACUGGAGGAGCGCAAGAAGCACAUGGAGGCUAAGGCGAAGAAGUUAGAGAAGACAAUUGCUUCAGCUGAGUUGUCGCUAUCCUCUUCUGAGUCCUGGAUCGAGGAGUACGACAACGAGAACUCCGGCAACAUUGAGCAGCUCAAGGUAUACGGCGAAGAACUUGCCGAGGCCGAGGCUCUCAUGGUUGAGAUUCAACGGGAUCUGGGAGACAAAACACGCCCUUUCUCCGAGAAGAUUGACCUGCUCAAGCAAAAACUCGAUCCCUGGAAGCAGAAGAUUGUUGCCAAAGAGGGAGAGGUCAAGUCUGCGCUCAACAAGGUCGAGCUCGAGGAGGAGCGACUUUCCCGGGCUGAGAAAGCUGUCAAGGACUCCGAGGCGUCUAUUCAGGGCAUCAAGCUGGAGGGAAGGAGUCUGGAGAAGAAGGUGGCUCACUCGGAGAAGGAGAAGGAGCACGUUCAGAACCAGAUUGAGCUAGGAGAGCAGGAAUGCGAGCACGCCAAGGGAAAGCUAGCAGACAUGAAGCAGCGCCUGGACGACAUGCGUGCUCAGUACAACGACGCCAAGGAGUCGCAAUCAUCUUUGCAGUCUCGUGGACGGGUUGUAGGUGCUCUGAUGAAGCUCAAGGACUCUGGACGACUCCCUGGCAUUCAUGGCCGGCUUGGAGAUCUCGGUACGAUUGAUGCAGAGUAUGAUACUGCCGUAUCUGUGGCGUGUCCCAAGCUCGACAACAUUGUGGUUGACACGAUUCAGACAGGUCAAGCCUGCGUGGAGUAUCUGCGAAAGAACAAUCUAGGUACAGGUGUGUUUCAGCUAAUGGACAAAAUUGGCAAUCGACGUCCCAAGAACUUUAACACUCCAGAAGGUGUUCCUCGGCUAAUCGAUCUAGUGAAAUGCGACCCCCAGUUCAUUCCAGUCUUUUAUGCAGCCAUGGGUGAGACUCUGGUUGCGAAAGAUCUGGACCAGGCAAACAGAAUUGCCUAUUCGGGUGGCCGGUACCGAGUCGUGACUCUGCAGGGCCAGCUUAUCGCGCGAAGUGGAACCAUGGCUGGCGGAGGACAUGUCAAGCGGGUUGGUCUGAUGGCAAUCACCGGUUCAGAGCGAUCUACCGCCAAGGCUCUUUCGGCAGAUGAAAUGCGAGCUCUGGAGAACGAGAUGGAGAACGAGGAGAAGCGGUAUGGCGUGGCCAAUACCACCUAUCACCAGAUGGUAGCUUCUUUGCGGGACUUGAAGGAGCGGCUUCCUCAGGUCGAGGUCGAGAUUUCCAAGGUGGGUCUUGAGAUUGAAGCACUCGCUCAAAACUACAAGUCUUCCGACCGACAACAUAAGGAGCUGCUUGUGGAGUUGGAGGGUGUGCAGAAGAGUUCUGUACUUGCAGAGGCACGUGAUCAUGUUGCCACUCUUGAGGCAGAGGUUGAGGAACUUAAGUCACAGUGUUCUUCAAUUGACGAGGAAAUUGCAUCUCUCGAGGAGAAGAUUAUGGAGACUGGUGGUCUCAAGCUGCGAAUGCAAAAGUCCAAGGUCGACGGACUGGUUCAGAAGAUUGAGAUUGUGCAGGGCAAGAUGAAGACCGGUAACAAGGACCGGUCCAAGGCCCAGCACAAUGUUACUAAGCAACAGCGGGUCAUUUCCGAGUCGCAGAAGGAGCUGCAGUCAUUCCAGGAGGAGUGCGCUCCUUUCCAGUCCAAAUUUGAUGCUCUGGAGCAAAAGGUGGCUGAGUGUGAGACCGAGUCCGAGGAGGCCACCAAGGCCAUGUACGAGCAGGAGGAGCGGGUAUCUGCGCUACGAAAUGAGCUCCAGGAAAAACAGGCAGAGAUUUCGGAGCUGCGAAAGGCAGAAGUCGAGCUAAAAAACUCGCUGCUGCAACACAAGACCAAGGUUGAGGAGGAGGGAGCCAAGAAGGCACAGUGGGUCAAGCGACUGCAAGGCUUGGCUAUUCACAACAUUGGCGAAAUGUGUGGCCAGCCAGAUGAGCCAGAAGAGACGUCCACGCCUCUCGUGGAGUACUCUGAGGACGAGCUCCAGGGUUACAGUGUCUCCGAGCUCAAGGAAGAGAUUGUCGGUUUGGAAAACUCGGUCGAGGGCAUCGACAUCGACUUUGCCAUUCUUGAGGAAUAUGCUCGACGGGCACGCGACUACGAGACUCGUCGUUCUGCGCUCAAUGAGGCUGUGGAGGAGCGAGAGCAGUCGUCCAAGCGACUGGAGGAUCUCAAGUCCAAACGACUGUCUGAGUUCAUGUCUGGUUUCAACACCAUCUCCAUGAAGCUGAAGGAGAUGUACCAGAUGAUCACCAUGGGCGGCAAUGCCGAGCUGGAGCUUGUGGACUCUCUGGAUCCUUUCUCCGAGGGUAUUCUCUUCUCGGUCAUGCCUCCCAAGAAGUCGUGGCGUAACAUCUCUAACCUUUCCGGCGGAGAAAAGACGCUGUCUUCUCUGGCUCUCGUCUUUGCACUCCAUCAUUACAAGCCUACGCCUCUGUACGUGAUGGACGAGAUUGAUGCUGCUCUGGACUUCCGAAACGUGUCCAUCGUGGCCAACUACAUCAAGGAGCGUACCAAGAACGCCCAGUUCAUUGUCAUUUCGCUGCGAAACAACAUGUUCGAGCUAGCUCAGCGGUUGGUUGGUAUCUUCAAGGUCAACAACAUGACCAAGAGUGUCACCAUCAAGAACGUGGAGGCCGUGGAGGCUGCUGCCGCAGCGGCAGCAGCAGCGAAGAUCCCUCCCAUGACACCAGGUCCCGGAGGACGUGGAGUUCCAAUGACUCCGGGGCUGCACAGGACGCCAGGAACUCUACACAGAACUCCCGGGCACCUGAGAGCUCCACCCCCGAAGUUUGGAGCUGGAAUGGGUGUUUCUUCGACGCCUCGAGUUCCCCAGACUCCCCGAGUGCCUCACAAGGCUACUCAGGCGGGAUUCGUUGAGGGAUAG